CAGCUUCCUGCUUCAGACCUUGGUGUGGGAACUGCGUGCAGGCUGCAAGCCGGGUUUCGAGGAGGCUGGUGUGCAGUCGGGGUCUGCUGGCCAGAGAGAGGGAGGGCGGCAACUUCAGUCACCGAUAAUGUCUUCCAGGACUCAGGAGACCUGUUCCUCCUGUGGCACCUCUCCGCUGCCCUCCCAGCAAAACCUCGACACUUUCUUGGAAACCUGGGCUGCGGGUGGCGCCGGCGGAGUGUAAGUGUAGCCGGCUGCAAGCCGUCGGAAAUGGGGAAGCCGUGGUGGAGCUGGUCGACAACGCCGACACGAGGUGUAGGAGCGGACGAGGGAGAGAGCGAGAGGGAGAAGAAAUGGGCUGAGAUAUUCCAGCGUUUUGACACGAAUAAGGAUGGACAGGUGGAUAUAAAGGAACUGGGAGAAGGCCUGAGAGCCAUGGGCAUAUCGAUGGAAGGCAACACUGAGCAGGAGAUCCUCCGAUCGGGGGACACGAAUCAGGACGGACAGCUGAACCUGUCCGAGUUCACGGAGUACCUGCGACAGCACGAGAGGAAGCUCAAGCUGGUGUUUAAGAGCCUUGACCAGAACAAUGAUGGGGAAAUCGAUGCCUACGAGAUUCAGCAGGCUCUUUUGAACCAGGGCAUCACGAUCACUCGCCAGCAAGCUGAGAAGAUCUUGCUGAGUAUGGACAAGGAUGGGACGAUUACAGUGGACUGGACUGAAUUUCGAGACCAUUUCAUCUUUAACCCGCUCUCUAAAAUGGAGGAGAUUGUGGAACACUGGAAACACUCGACGUUCUUGGACAUCGGGGAGUCCUUGACCAUUGUGGAUGAAUUCUCAGAGACGGAAAGACUGACUGGGACCUGGUGGAGGCAACUACUGGCAGGAGCAAUUGCUGGCGCUGUGUCACGCACCUGCACUGCACCCCUGGACCGGCUGAAGAUCUACAUGCAGGUCUUUGCAGCUAAGCGGAAGUUGAACGUGGCUGGUGUUUGGAAGAUGAUGGUGGCGGAGGGAGGAUACUUAUCCCUGUGGCGAGGGAAUGGGGUCAACGUGCUGAAAAUUACCCCGGAGACGGGCAUCAAAUUCAUGGCUUAUGAACAGUAUAAGAAGAUCUUCCUUGUCCAGAAGUCCACACUGGAGGUGCACGAGCGGUUCAUUGCGGGAUCUCUCGCUGGUGUCACCAGUCAGACACUCAUCUUCCCAAUGGAGGUUCUGAAGGUCAGGAUGGGCCUUGGAAAGAGUGGUCAGUACAUGGGGAUCUUCCACUGCGCUCAGAACAUAAUGAGGAAUGAAGGACUCCGCGCUUUUUUCAAAGGCUAUGUCCCAAAUGCCAUUGGCAUCAUUCCGUAUGCUGGGAUCGAUCUUGCCGUCUAUGAAAGCGUCAAGAACCUGUACUUACAAAAUUAUGGACAGAAGAGAACCGACCCAGGAGUCUUUGCCCUUCUUGGCUGCGGCACCAUCUCCAGUACCUGUGGUCAACUGGCGAGCUACCCGUUGGCACUCAUCCGCACCAGGAUGCAAGCUCAAGCUGUUGUCAAAGGAGAGCCCAAGCUGAACAUGCUGCAGCAGUUUAGCAGAAUAGUGCAAGGGGAAGGCUGGUUUGGCCUCUACCGAGGAAUGGCACCCAACUUCAUGAAGGUGGUGCCCGCUGUCAGCAUCAGCUAUGUCGUCUAUGAGCACAUGAAACACUUACUGGGAGUCACCUCAAAGUAACUGGUUUCCUGGCAUGAUCCUCAUCAUCUCCAAACAAAGAAGUCGGGAAGAAUUCACUCCUUGGACCUCAAUGGUUGACUCCCUUUCUACCACUGAGCCAGGUUCAGAUCAGCAAAAUAGCCUUUAGGUCUGCUCAAGGUAUUGUGAUAACACAACCCUAAUCCCGUCCCCACAAAAACAUUUUGCAGUGGGAUUCGUUAAGUUAUUGCCACAGAAGAUUUGUCCUGGCAGAAAUAAAAGACAUGGACAGAGAUUGACAAUAGGACAUGAGGAGAGAUUAACAAUGGGAUUCUGUGCAUUAUGCAUUCUUUAAGAUACACUUGAUUUGCCACACUGCACGUUUCCACUUUGUUUGGAUAGCUUGGUAAUGCAUGAGAUAUCUAUUGCUGAAUAUAUGUCAAAACACUGUAUGUAUAUAAUAACAUCAUUAAUAAUUUAGUAAAUGCAUUUACAUCCAAAUCUCUCACCGCUCUGUGCUGAGCCUGUGAGAUUGUCGUCUUGGUACAAAUUACUUCCUAGAAUUCUAGCUUCUAACCUCUUUGACUUCCUCUCUGCUGUGAUGCUCCAAGGACAUCAAACUCCUGUUGUGACAUAUCACAACAGUUUACAAUGAUGCAAAGCCUUUCCUGAAGUUAAAUCAAUCCCAAGCCAUCCACAGAACAAAAAUUGACACCGUAGAGAUCAGGAUGUGUGGACAGCAGCCAGGAUGAUCUUAAUAGGUGUACUGUGAGGGGGGAGAACAGAGAGGAUUCCAGAGCUCUGGGGCUCAGCACCUGAGGUCACCUGGUGAACUCCUCAGCUGUGUUUGGUUUUGGGUUGGAGUCAGGUAGGACAUCACCUAACUUGUCAUAUUAAACAGCCGUGAAACAGGAAGUGAUGCUUAUUAUCACGCACAAAAGGUGAUCAUGUGAUCUUCCCUGCGUGGGCCAUCAGUCCACAGUGGUUAGUCUACUGAACUUGGCUGGGAUUUCCGCAGAUUUACUGGUACACACUGUUGCUGCAAGAUAUCAGUGAGGCAAGGCCAAUUGUACAAUUCCACCAGAACGAUAAUUCAAUCUCCAAAAUUCUCUGAAAUGGGGAAUUCCAAAGAUUCACAACCUUCCAGCUUAUCCUCAUUUCCAACUGAUAGUUUAUUUUCCAACAUAAUUUUAAGGUGAUUAGAGGAAAGUACAGUGGGAGUGGGAGUGAGAAGUUUUAUCCCACAGAGAGUGGUGGAUGCGUCGAACACACUGCCAGGGGUGGUGGUAGAGGCAAGUGAUUUAGGGACAUUUAAGAAGCUCUUAGAUAGGCACGUGGAUGAUAGAAAAAUGGAGGGCUAUGUAGGAGGGAAGGGUUAUAUUGAUCCUGGGCUAGGUUAAAAGGUUGGCACAGCAUCAUGGGCCAAAGGGCCCACACUGCCUUCUACAGUUCUGUGUUCUAUGAUAUCCAUGCCCUUUGUUACUUCAACACCGGGGCCUUCUGAUGGUCGGAGUCAACCAUGGAUGUCGUGUCCCAACUGUCCACAAGAUACGCAAGCCUGGGAAGUACGAUAUGGACAGCAAGCUUUUGCUGAUGUCGCAAGUUCCUCCUCUCCACGCAGCUCAUACAUCCAAAGAUCAAUACAGUCUAGCACCAGUGAGAUCGCAGGAGUUGCCCGUCAGUGUGGAACUCAAUGUCAGGACUGCCUUAGGGACUCCAGCUCCGGAUUUUUCCUCAGGGUUACUCCUGAAACUUUCCUCAUGAGUGGAUAUAGCCACAAGGCAGCGGAGGUUUGAGAUCAGAGUUUUCUUUCUCCUAGAUGAGCUGCUAACCACGGCUGAUGAGCCCCGUCUGCCCGAAGCGACUUGUUUUAAUGUGCCAGUAACCCACCUUUGCCCCUUCUCCUCAGGCAAAAUGGUUCCACUGGGCUUAGGAGCUAAGCCACACAUGAAGGCCAGAAGCUGGACUUGGUUGUAAGAGGCUGUUUGAGAUGCACGCCAUUUAAUAGGUAGUGGGAGCUUAUCCCCAGUACCUCCCCCAGCUAUAGCAACCUUAUAGAACUACUUUGUUCAAUACCCCAAAAAUGACAUAUACUUGCAGCAUCUAUUUUGAUAAUUUGUCUCAGAAUCUUAAGCGUUUCAAAAGAAGUAUUUCAUAAUAUCAGUGAAUUAAUACCAAUCUUCCUACUCUUUUCUCAUUAGAAACUCCUUCAUCUCAGGAAUUAACUUGGAAUUCACCAAACUGCCUCCAUGUAAACCUAUCUCUCCUUCAAUGAGAUCUAAUUUGUAUACCAUCUUGCAGGAGUCAUCUCACCAAUACAAUUGACCUUUUCUGUGUUAUUUGUAGAGGUUGUAAACAAUAGAGGCCAAGCAGACCACUGUAGCCUCCCACUAUUUCCAGCUUGCCAACUUUUCUUCUUCUGUUAUCUACAAAUGGUUCAAAUUAAUAUCAGAGAAUGUAUACAGUAUACAACCUGAAAUUCUUACUCUUCACAGACAUCCAUGGAAUAAGAACCCCAAAGAAUGAAUGAUUGUAACAUCAGAACCCCAAAGACCCUCCACACGCAUAAGCACAACUGAAGCAUCCACCUUCCCUUCCCCCUCCCGCUCUACUUGUAGCAGCAGAGGCACUGACCCUCCACCCCACCUCCAUCAGGCAAUAGCAAAAGCCCCCAAAGAGAUCUUGAUCGUGAGGCCAUCAAACACUACAGUCCAUAACCCAGCGUUUUGUUAUCUCAGACAGGCUCUCUCUGUCCACUGAGAUCAUUCCUGCAACAAUGAGUGCAAAGGCCAGCAGCUCGCUGCUCUGAUGUAUGUGCUAAAUAAUCGGUUCAUGUUCAAAAAUUAACUCCAGUACAGUGGGCUUAGAUCUUACAUAGAACACUACAACACAGGAAUGGCCCCUUUGGCCACAGUGCUGUGCUGAAGCAGCUAAAAGGUAAAUCAACAGCCCCCUUCAAAUUAAUCCCUCCUACCCACAUAAUGUCCAUAUCCCUCCAUCUUCCUGAUAUUCAUUUGCCUAUCUAAACAUCUCUACAUUAUUUGCCUCUACCACCAUACCAGGCAGCACAUUCCAGGCAUCCACAACUCUCCAAGUGAAGAACUUACCCCUCACAUCCCCUUUGAACCCACCCACUCUCGCCUACAAUGCACUCCGUCUGAUUUAGACAUUUCUACCCUGGGAGACAGAUACUCCCUUUUUAUCCUAUCUUAUGUCUCUCAUCUUAUAAACCUCUAUCAGAUCACCCCUCAGCCUCCUGCCACUCCAGAGAAAACAACCCAAGUUUAUCCAGCCUCUCAUGCCUGCUAAACCGUGCAAAAUCUGGUAAACGUCUUCUGUACCCUCUGCAAAGACUCAGCAUUCUUCCUAUCAUGCGGUAACCAGAAUGUAUGUGAUACUCCAGAUUGGCCUAACCAAGUAAUGUUUGGUAGGCCAUAAUGUUGCACCUAAGUGAAUGUUUUUUGUAAAUAUAAAUAUGCUAUCUAUUGCUUUACUUUCAUCCAUCCUGCUCAUGACAUCCUCUAAGUUGUUUUCCUUUCAUAAAAGCACCUUCUAGAGUCAUACAGCAGAGAAGCGUGUCCUUUGGCUCACUGAGACUACACUGAUCACCAAACUCUUGUAUACACUCAUCUCAUAACGGUCCUACUUCAUUCUUGCAUUCCUAUCCUUUUCCUCCCAAAUUCCACUUCUCAUUUGCGCUCUAAGGGGGAAUUUACAUUUGUCGAUUAAACAAUCAAUUUGCAUGUCUUUGGGUUGUAAGAGGAAACGAGGAGCACCGGGAGGAAACCCAUGCGAUCACAGGGAGAACUUGUAACCUCUACACAGACAGCGGUCAGGAUUGAACCGGGAACCACAGGAGCUGUGAGACUGUGGUGCUACUUGCACCGCUGUACCACCCAUGUUUGAUUCUGCUUGAUUGUACUAUGGUUCUUUGAAUAUCUUGCUGAAUAAAGGAUUCCAACGUUAUCCUGAUGACAA